AUGAGCUCUCGUCAUGCAUGGCGCUAUGUGACAUUCGAUGCGACUGGUACGUUGCUACGUCCUGCAGAAUGUCUAGGUAAGACAUAUCUGAAUUUCUGGAAAGCAGCGUCAGGCCAGUCACUCUCGUCUUCUCGCUACGCCGCUGCAGUUGCUGCCCUCACGUCGCAGUUCCCGACCGAGUUUAGUCUGCUCUCGCGUUCCAAUCCAAACUUUGGAUCGGACAGUAAAACUACUAGCGCAUUCCUGUGGUGGCGACAACUUGUGCUAAAUGUGAUGAAACGUGCAAAAGUUGUAGAUUGUCUUGCACACAAUGAGGAGCAGGUCGAGCGCUUUAUGCGUAACUUGUAUGCGCACUUUGCACGUCCCGAAGCGUGGAUGGUAUUUGAAGACGUGAAGCCGACACUAGAGAGGCUGGUAGCUAUGAAAGUUCCAAUUGGUGUCAUUUCCAAUUUUGAUGAACGGUUGGAGUCGCUUUUGGUGGGAUUGAAACUUCGUGACUAUUUUCAAGUUGUCACAACGUCGUUUGGGCAGCCCCAGAUGAAGCCACACGCAUCGAUUUUUCAGUCAACGUUCAAGCAGUUACAGACCGAGGAAGAACCAGUCGUUGCAAGUAAAUUUCUGCAUGUAGGAGACCAUCUGUCCAGGGAUUUCAAGGCAGCAAAGGACAUCGGAGCUCAAGCCAGACUGUUGUGGAGGACAAAGCAUCCGCCACCACCCAAUGACAUAAAUGCGAACGAAGUCAUUGCGACGCUACAUGAUGUUGUGGCGGAGAAGCAGGUGAACGAGGUCGAGGCAUUACUGACGGCAUGGUGA